GAGGAGGCCGGCGAGAUCAGCCUGGAGGACAUGGCCUGGGAGCCGCACCCCCAGGACCACCACUUCGCGCACUCGCCGCCGCACCCCGCGGGGCCGUCGUGCAGGCAGUUCAUGAUGCGCGCGCAGCGCGAGUGGAACGUCUUGCGCAGGGGCCUGCCGAGCAGCAUUUGGGUGCACAUGUAUCCAGAUCGCAUGGAGCUGCUGCGAGCAUGCCUGAUUGGCCCCGAGGGUACACCCUACUCCGACGCGCUGUUCUUCUUUGACGUCUACCUGCCGCCGACAUACCCACUGGUGCCCCCCCAAGUGAAGUUUUGGUCCUUCGGCGAGAGCCUGAACCCGAACCUCUACGAGAACGGCAAGGUCUGCCUCAGCCUCCUCGGCACCUGGGCAGGCAGAGACUCGGAGACCUGGAGCCCGGGGAGGAGCAACCUCCUGCAGGUCCUGGUCUCCCUCCUGGGGCUGGUGCUGAACGCGGAGCCCUACUACAACGAGCCCGGGUUCGAGCGCGAGCGCGGCACGCCUCAGGGCGACCUCCGGUCCCUGCGGUACAACGAGUCCGUAGCGCUGUCGAGCUACCACCUGAUGCUCGCGGUGCUGCAGGCGCCGCCGUGCGACUUCGCGCGGCCCAUCCGCAGCCACUUCGCCGAGCGCCGCGCGGCCGUCCUCGCGCGCGCGGGGCGCCUACAGAGCGGCGAGGAGGGCCGCUGCAGCGAGGGCUUCCGGCGGUCCCUGGCGGCGCUGCUGCCGCGCCUCGGGGCCGCCUUGCCGCAGGCGCCGCCGCCCGCGCAGUGAGCGGCCCCUCCGCGGCAGCCGCCGACGGCCUGCCCGGCACGGGGGCGCGGCGCCCGCGACGCCGAC